AGACGCACUAUUAUAAAGAUGGUGUUUAUUAAAGAGGAGAGUGAAGACGUGAAGAUUGAAGAAACAUUCAGAGUCAAACAUGAAGAUACUGAGGAACAAACAAAGAUGGCGUCUAUAAAAGAGGAGAGAGAAGACGUGAAGGUUGAAGAAGUAUUCAGUCUGAAACAAGAAGAGACCGAGGAGCAAACGGACCUCACGGUGCUGAAAGUGGAGAGUCAAGAGCUGAAUGAGAUGGAAGACAAAAAUCAUCAUGAUUUCACGACUAGGGAAAAAUCCACUAAAAAGACUUCCUCACAAAAAAGAGUUCAGAUGACCAAAUCAAACAGUUUAUUCACUUGUUGUCAGUGUGGAAAGUGUUUUAGUCAAAAACGAAAACUUGUACUCCACAUGAGAGUUCACACUGGAGAGAAGCCGUUCACCUGCCAACAGUGUGGAAAGAGUUUCUCUCAAAAUGGAAACCUUAGAGUCCACAUGAGAAUUCACACUGGAGAGAAGCCAUUCACCUGCCAAGAUUGUGGAAAGAGCUUCACAACAGAACUAAACCUUAGGUAUCACAUGAGAGUUCACACUGGGGAAAACUCUUUCACCUGCCAAGUGUGUGGAAAACAUUUCACUCAAAAACAAAGCCUUGAAGUCCACAUGAGAAUUCACACUGGAGAGAAACCUUACAUCUGUCAACAGUGUGGAAAAAGUUUUACUCAAAAAGUGCACCUUGAAGUCCACAUGAGAAUUCACACUGAAGAGAAGCGUUUCACCUGUCAACAGUGUGGAAAGUGCGUUACAACAGAACUAAACCUUAGGAAUCACAUGAGAGUUCACACUAGAGAGAACUCUUUCACCUGCCAACAGUGUGGAAAAAGUUUCACUCAAAAACAAAGCCUUGAAGUCCACAAGAGAAUUCACACUGGGGAGAAACCUUACAUUUGCACCCAAUGUGUAAAGUGUUUUGCACAUAAAAACACCUUUAAUUACCACAUGAAGAUUCACAUUCAAGAGAAAUCUUUCACCUGCCGAAAGUGUGGAAAAAGUUUCACUGAUAAACAAAGCCUUGAAGUCCACACGACAGUUCACACGGGAGAGAAACCUUAUACUUGCACUCUGUGUGGAAAGAGUUUCACGCGUAAAAACACCCUUAAUUACCACAUGAGAAAUCACACUGGAGAGAAGCUGUUCUCAUGUGAUCAGUGUGGAAAGAGGUUCCGUUAUAAAAAUAGCGUCAGCACUCACAUGAGACUUCACACUGGAGAGAGGCCGUACACCUGCAAACUGUGUGGGAAAAGCUUCUCACAAAAAGGAACUCUUAAGAUUCACCUGAGAAUUCACACAAUAGAGAAACCAUUCAAAUGUGUGGAAAAUGACUAACAUGUAAAGAUAACCACAUGAGGAUUCACACGAGAGAGAAGCCAUUCAUAUGUGUGGGCUCGUGCGGUCAUGAAAAACCUGGGAAAGUCAUGGCAAUUUAAAAUGGCAAUUUCCAGGAAAAGGAAAAGUUUUGGAAAAAUUAAUAAACCCAGAAAGUUUUGGAAAAGUUUUGGAAAAAUUAAUAAACCCAGAAAGUUUUGGAAAAGUCGUGGAGGUUUAUUUCUCUUUCCCUGCCAAGCACGGAAUUUUCCGAGUUUCCACGUUCUCGCUGUUAUACGUGUAACCCCUCUCUCCCGGGUCCUCACUGCCACACCUCGUUCUCGC